AUGAGGCAACAGCGGAAUCUCCUACUCUGCUUCGACGCGUUUGGGACCUUGUUCAAGCCGACACGCCCCAUCCCGGAGCAGUACAUGACCGUGGCGCGUCAGUACGGCCUCGAAGGGUUCGGCUUGGACCAGCUCGAGGCAUCGUUCAAAUCUGCUUUCAAAGGAGAAUUGCUGGCACAUCCAAACUAUGGAAAGGCCAGCGGGAUGGGUGCUGAGAAGUGGUGGACAAACGUGAUCCAUAAGACUUUCCAGUCACUGUUGGCGCCGGGUCGCGAGGUACCCAAAGAGCUGGCGCCCGGACUACUCCACCGAUUCUCUUCCAAUGAAGCAUACACCACCUCUUCCGACAUACUCUCGCUCCUCCGAUUGCUCAAGCAUCAUCAAUCAUCCCAUACUAGAAGCAGUCUACGUGGCAUUGUGGUCGGAGUUGUUACCAACUCGGAUGACAGGGUGCCCGGCAUCCUGUCAUCGCUUGGAUUCUAUGUGAGCCCUCUUCGCUUCGGGCACAACAUCGACACGGCUGUCCUCGCGAGAGAACAGUACGACAUUGACCUUCAUUGCAUGUCGUACGACGUCGGAUUCGCCAAGCCGGACCGUCGCAUUUUCGAUGCCGCUGAGGCCAUGGCCAAUACGGUGAUCGCAACGCAGAACGGCGCCGGCCCCGCUCGAGAUGGGGGCCGAGCCGAGGGAGAUGUACCCUGGCUCAAGCUGUACGUGGGUGACGAGUUCCAAGUUGACGUGGUGGGAGCACGCGGCGCUGGGUGGAACUCGAUCCUUGUCGGUCCAGAGACGGACAGCCAAGAGCAGCUUAUAGAUAUAGGCCAGACUGGACACAUACCUCUCGACGAUGUCUUCCCGCUGCGCUCGGGGUCUACGGUGCCGGUAGCGCUUCGAGCCGGAAGCGCCAGAAUGGUGCUUGAGUGGCUCAUAACCCAGCGCCUUGAAAACGACUGA